GUGCUGAAAGUGCUACAGGAAGUAGGGGUGCUGAAGGUGCUACAGGAAGUAGGGGUGCUGAAGGUGCUGCGGGAAGUAGGGGUGUUGAAAAUGCUGUAGGAAGUAGGGGUGCUGAAGGUGCUACGGGAAGUAGGGGUGCUGAAGGUGCUGCAGGAAGUAGGGGUGCUGAAGGUGCUGCAGGAAGUAGGGGUGCUGAAGGUGCUACAGGAAGUAGGGGUGCUGAAGGUGCUACAGGAAGUAGGGGUGCUGAAGGUGCUACAGGAAGUAGGGGUGCUGAAGUUGCUACAGGAAGUAGGGGUGCUGAAGGUGCUACAGGAAGUAGGGGUGCUGAAGGUGCUGCAGGAAGUAGGGGUGCUGAAGGUGCUGCGGGAAGUAGGGGUUUUGAAGGUGCUGUAGGAAGUAGGGGUGAUGAAAGUGCUACAGGAAUAGGGGUGCUGAAUGUGCUACAGUAAGUAGGGGUGCUGAAGGUGCUACAGGAAGUAGGGGUGCUGAAGGUGCUGCAGGAAGUAGGGGUGCUGAAGGUGCUGCAGGAAGUAGUGUUGCUGAAGGUGCUACAGGAAGUAGGGGUGCUGAAGGUGCUACAGGAAGUAGGGGUGCUGAAGGUGCUGCGGGAAGUAGGGGUGCUGAAGGUGCUGCGGGAAGUAGGGGUGCUGAAGGUGCUGCGGGAAGUAGGGGUGCUGAAGGUGCUACAGGAAGUAGGGGUGCUGAAGGUACUGUAGGAAGUAGGGGUGCUGAAGGUGCUGUAGGAAAUAGGGGUGCUGAAGGUGAUACCGGAAGUAGGGGUGCUGAAGGUGCUACAGGAAGUAGGGGUGCUGAAGGUGCUGCAGGAAGUAGGGGUGCUGAAGGUGCUUUAGGAAGUAGGGGUGCUGAAGGUGCUACAGGAAGUAGGGGUGCUGAAGGUGAUGCAGGAAGUAGGGGUGCUGAAGGUGCUGCAGGAAGUAGGGUUGCUGGAGGUGCUACAGGAAGUAGGGGUGCUGAAGGUGCUACAGGAAGUAGGGGUGCUGAAGGUGCUGCAGGAAGUAGGGGUGCUGAAGGUGCUGCAGGAAGUAGGGGUGCUGAAGGUGCUGCAGGAAGUAGGGGGCUGAAGGUGCUGCAGGAAGUGGGGUUGCUGAGGUGCUACGGAAGUAGGGGUGCUGAAGGUGCUACAGGAAUAGGGGUUGCUGAAGGUGCUACAGAAGUAGGGGUGCUGAAGGUGCUACAGGAAGUAGGGGUGCUGAAGGUUGCUGCAGGAAGUAGGGGUGCUGAAGGUGCUCAGGAAGUAGGGGUGCUGAAGGUGCUGCAGGAAGUAGGGGUGCUGAAGGUCCCUAGGAAGUAGGGGUGCUGAAGGUGCUACGGGAAGUAGGGGUGCUGAAGGUGCUGCAGGAAGUAGGGGUGCUGAAGGUGCUGCAGGAAGUAGGGGUGCUGAAGGUGCUACAGGAAGUAGGGGUGCUGAAGUGUGCUCGGAAGUAGGGGUGCUGAAGGUGCUGCAGGAAGUAGGGUUGCUGAAGGUGCUACAGGAAGUAGGGGUGCUGAAGGGUGCUACAGGAAGUAGGGGUGGCUGAAGGUGCUGCAGGAAGUAGGGUGCUGAAGGUGCUUUAGGGGGGAAAGUGGGGGGGUGCUGAAGGUGCUGUGGCUACAGAAGUAGGGGUGCUGAAGUGUUGUACAGGAAGUAGGGGUGCUGAAGGUGCUGCAGGAAGUAGGGUUGCUGAAGGUGCUGCAGGAAGUAGGGGUGCUGAAGGUGCUACAGGAAGUAGGGGUGCUGAAGGUGCUACAGGAAGUAGGGGUGCUGAAGGUGCUGCAGGAAGUAGGGGUGCUGAAGGUGCUGCAGGAAGUAGGGGUGCUGAAGGUGCUGCAGGAAGUAGGGUUGCUGGAAGGUGCUACAGGAAGUAGGGGUGCUGAAGGUGCUGUAGGAAGUGGGGUUGCUGAAGGUGCUACCGGAAGUAGGGUGCUGAAGGUGCUACGGAAGUAGGGGUGCUGAAGGUGCUGCAGGAAGUAGGGGUGCUGAAGGUGCUGCAGGAAGUAGGGGUGCUGAAGGUGCUACAGGAAGUAGGGGUGCUGAAGGUGCUAGCUGGAAGUAGGGGUUGCUGGAGGUGCUACAGGAAGUAGGGGUGCUGAAGGUUGCUACAGGAAGUAGGGUGCUGAAGGUGCUGCAGGAAGUAGGGGUGCUGAAGGUGCUGCAGGAAGUAGGGGUGCUGAAGGUGCUGCGGAAGUAGGGGUGCUUGAAGUGCUGCAGGAAGUAGGGUUGCUGAUGAGUGCUACAGGAAUAGGGGUGCUGAAGGUGCUACAGGAAGUGGGGGUUGCUGAAGGUGCUGCAGGAAGUAGGGGUGCUGAAGGUGCUGCAGGAAGUAGGGGUGCUGAAGGUGCUGCAGGAAGUAGGGGUGCUGAAGGUGCUGCAGGAAGUAGGGUUGCUGAAGGUGCUACAGGAAGUAGGGGUUGCUGAGGUGCUACGGAAGUAGGGGUGCUGAAGGUGCUGCGGGAAGUAGGGGUGCUGAAGGUGCUGCGGGAAGUAGGGGUGCUGAAGGUGCUGCAGGAAGUAGGGGUGCUGAAGGUGCUGUAGGAAGUAGGGGUGCUGAAGGUGCUGUAGGAAAUAGGGGUGCUGAAGGUGAUACCGGAAGUAGGGGUGCUGAAGGUGCUACAGGAAGUAGGGGUGCUGAAGGUGCUGCAGGAAGUAGGGGUGCUGAAGGUGCUUAGGAAGUAGGGGUGCUGAAGGUGCUACAGGAAGUAGGGGUGCUGAAGGUGAUGCAGGAAAGUAGGGGUGCUGAAGGGCUGCAGGAAGUAGGGUUGCUGGAGGUGCUACAGGAAGUAGGGGUGCUGAAGGUGCUACAGGAAGUAGGGGUGCUGAAGGUGCUGCAGGAAGUAGGGGUGCUGAAGGUGCUGCAGGAAGUAGGGGUGCUGAAGGUGAUGCAGGAAGUAGGGGUGCUGAAGGUGCUGCAGGAAGUAGGGUUGCUGGAGGUGCUACAGGAAGUAGGGGUGCUGAAGGUGCUACAGGAAGUAGGGUUGCUGAAGGUGCUGCAGGAAGUAGGGGUGCUGAAGGUGCUGCAGGAAGUAGGGGUGCUGAAGGUGCUGCAGGAAGUAGGGGUGCUGAAGGUGCUGCAGGAAGUAGGGUUGUGCUGGAGGUGCUACAGGAAGUAGGGGUGCUGAAGGUGCUACAGGAAGUAGGGGUGCUGAAGGUUGCUGCAGGAAGUAGGGGUGCUGAAGGUGCUGCAGGAAGUAGGGGUGCUGAAGGUGCUGCAGGAAGUAGGGGUGCUGGAAGAUGCUGCUAGGGAAGUAGGGGUGCUGAAGGUGCUGCAGGAAGUAGGGGUGCUGAAGGUGCUGUAGGAAGUAGGGGUGCUGAAGGUGCUGUAGGAAUAGGGGUGCUGAAGGUGAGGAAGUAGGGGUGCUGAAGGUGCUGCAGGAAGUAGGGGUGCGUGAAGGUGCUGCAGGGCAAGUAGGGGUGCUGAAGGUGCUUAGGAAGUAGGGGUGCUGAAGGUGCUGCAGGAAGUAGGGGUGCUGAAGGUGCUACCGGAAGUAGGGGUUGCUGUAGAUGCUACAGGGAAGUAGGGGUGCUGAAGGUGGCUGCUGCAGGAAGUAGGGGUGCUGAAGGUGCUUUAGGAAGUAGGGUGCUGAAGGUGCUAGCAGGAAGUAGGGGUGCUGAAGGUGCUGCAGGAAGUAGGGGUGCUGAAGGUGCUGCAGGAAGUAGGGUUGCUGGAGGUGCUACAGGAAGUAGGGGUGCUGAAGGUGCUACAGGAAGUAGGGGUGCUGAAGGUGCUGCAGGAAGUAGGGGUGCUGAAGGUGCUGCAGGAAGUAGGGGUGCUGAAGGUGCUGCAGGAAGUAGGGUUGCUGGAGGUGCUACAGGAAGUAGGGGUGCUGAAGGUGCUACAGGAAGUAGGGUUGCUGAAGGUGCUGCAGGAAGUAGGGGUGCUGAAGGUGCUGCAGGAAGUAGGGGUGCUGAAGGUGCUGCAGGAAGUAGGGGUGCUGAAGGUGCUGCAGGAAGUAGGGUUGCUGGAGGUGCUACAGGAAGUAGGGGUGCUGAAGGUGCUACAGGAAGUAGGGGUGCUGAAGGUGCUGCAGGAAGUAGGGGUGCUGAAGGUGCUGCAGGAAGUAGGGGUGCUGAAGGUGCUGCAGGAAGUAGGGGUGCUGAAGAUGCUG